UUCUUUUUUUGAUUGGUAGCAGAAUCUAUGCUCACCAUGUGUUCGUUCCAGUGCCUCAGACGGGGACCCACUUCACCAUCAAGAACAAAACAUACUCUCUGCGUCUCUCUCUCUCUCUCUCUCUCUCUCACCCUUUGUGGUAAUCAUCUACUUCAGCAAUAAAUAAUUCAAAAGUUCAUGAAGCGAACACUCUUGGAAUUUUUUAUUUCUUUCGAGUUUGGUUGAGGGAAACCUCCAAGUACAGUCUUUAAUAUAUAGUACGCGUUUACGCAUAGGCUUACCGGCGAUGCCAACGUCGGUGAGCACAGCUCGGCAAUGUUUAACAGAGGAGGCUGUUCGUGCACUAGAUGACGCUGUGUCCGUGGCUCGCCGUCGCAGCCACGCCCAGACCACCUCUCUCCAUGCUGUCUCUGCUCUUUUGGCCUUCCCCUCCUCCACUCUCCGAGAAGCAUGUGCACGCUCUCGGAGCUCCGCGUACUCACCACGCUUACAGUUCCGAGCGCUUGAGCUCUGUGUCGGAGUCUCCCUCGAUCGCUUACCAUCCUCUAAAACCCUGGACGAGCCUCCGAUAUCGAACUCUCUCAUGGCUGCAAUCAAAAGAUCUCAAGCGAAUCAAAGAAGACAUCCCGAAACGUUUCAUCUGUACCAGCAACAGCUUCAAAAUCAUAAUUCAUCGUCGUCGAUAUCAACCGUGAAAGUCGAGCUGAAACAUUUUAUAUUAUCGAUCCUUGAUGACCCGAUUGUUAGUCGGGUAUUCGGGGAUGCGGGUUUUCGGAGCUGUGAUGUUAAGCUUGCAAUCGUUAAUCCUCCACCCAUUUCAAGAUUUUCGGUGUCUCGGUAUCCACCACCUUUGUUUCUCUGUAAUUUAUCGGAUGAUUCUGAGCUAAAUCGACGUGGGUUUAAUUUUCCAUUUGCAGGGUUUUCUGGGUCUGAGACUGGUGAUGAGAACUGUAAGAGAAUUUGUGAGGUUCUUGUGAAUAAGAAGGCAAAAAACCCGUUAUUAAUCGGAGUUUGCGCAAACGAUGCACUUAAUUCUUUUGCACAGUAUGUACAGAAAGGUAAAAAUGGUGUCUUGCCAGCCGAAAUUGAUGGGUUGAUUGUAGUUGGCAUUGAUAAUGAGAUUUUAGAGUAUGUUGGUAAAGGUGGGAGUGAAGAAAUGAUGGGUUUGAAGUUCAAGGAGAUUCAUGAUAUGGUAGAGCACUGUACAGGGGCUGGUAUUGUUGUAAAUUAUGGAGAUUUGACGAUACUUGUUGAUGCUGGGUCUGUUGAUGCGAUUAACUAUGUGGUUUCACAAUUGAAUAGAUUGGUGAAGGUUCAUUGUGAGAAAUUGUGGCUGAUUGGGGUGGCAGGGAGUUACCAGACCUACAUGAAGUUUCUGGCUCGGUUUCCUUCAAUUGAGAAAGAUUGGGAUUUGCAGUUGCUACCAAUCACUUCCCAACCUUCUGUUGGAGGAUUAUCCUCAAAAUCCAGCUUGAUGGGGUCAUUUGUUCCAUUUGGUGGGUUCUUUCCUACACCAUCUGAGUUCAAAAAUCUAUUGAACAGCACAAAUCAGUCUGCAACCCGUUGUGACUUGUGUAAUAAACAUUGUGAGGAAGAAGUUUCUGCUCUUCUGAAUGGAGGAUCCUGUGGUUCAGUUGCUGAUCAGCACUCAAAAAGUUUAUCUUCUUGGUUACUAAUGCCUGAACAUGACACAUGCAAGAAAGUGGAUUUAAUGGAGGCCAAAGAUGAUGGAACUGUGUUGAAUGCAAGACUUACAGGGCUGCAAAUGAAAUGGACCAAUAUGUGUCAGCGCCUUCAUUCUGCUCGAUCAUUUCAAGAAGAUACUUCACAAGCCAGGUCUCAAUUUGCAGGUUUUGAGGGCGCUAAGUUUGUUGGUGAUAAAAAGGAAAUCGGUGGUACAAAUUCUUCCUUGAAUGAAAACAGAUGUACAAACCUAAGUUCUUGCAUGCCAUUGGACUCUCAAAAGAUUUCUCUGCUGAAACAAAAGACACCAAUUCCAAUCGCUUUUGAAGCUGAAAAUGUCAGUUUCCAAUCCAAAAUACCAGUGCAAGAUUUGAAGAUUCAGCAGCCAGAGAGGGAGAGUCCCUGGCAUCCUUCUCAACCUCUGUGCACUUUGAGCAUGGUCCCUGGCCAUACGUCACCAUCAUAUGUAACCCCCGUGACCACUGAUUUAGGGCUCGGAACUCUUUAUGCAUCCACUGAACGAGAGUUAAGGAAAUCCGUAUUUCAAGAUCACAAAGAUCGUCUUCAGUACUUCUCUGGAACUGUUUCUUCUGAGUUUAAUAGGAGUAGCGAAAAUGCCUCAAUCCAUCGUGUUCAAUCUUCUUCCUAUUCUGGUCCUCAGUUCAGAGGGCAGUUGGACACAAAAGAUCUCAAGUAUUUCUGGAGGGUUCUUGCUGAAAGUGUUGGCUGGCAAGAUGAAGCCAUUUGUACAAUUGGUCAGACCGUAUCUCGUUGUAGGGCUGGACAUGGUAGGCACGGUGGCUCAAGUCAGAGAGGAGAUAUCUGGCUCGGAUUUCUUGGACCUGACAAAGUGGGAAAGAAAAAAAUUGCUGCAGCACUUGCCGAGAUAAUCUUUGGCAGCAAGGAAAGCUUAAUCUCUGUGGAUCUGAGCUCUGAAGUUGGAAUCCGCCAUUCAAACUGUGUUUUUGACCAUCAUGCUUUGAACAGCAAUGAUAUAAAAUUUAGGGGGAAGACAGUUGUUGAUUACAUUGCUGAGGAGUUGAGCAGGAAACGUCAGUCUGUCGUCCUCCUUGAAAACAUAGAUAAGGCUGAUUUCGUGGUUCAAAAUAGCUUGUCUGAGGCUGCUAGAACUGGUAGAUUUCAAGAUUUGCAUGGGAGAGAAAUCAGCAUCAACAAUGUUAUCUUUGUGAAUACUACAAGUAUUAUGAAGGGUAGUAAAAAUUCCCUUUCUGGGAAAGAAACCCCUGAAUUUUCAGAAGAAAGAAUUUUAGGAUCCAAAGGUUUGCAAAUGAAAAUAUUACCUAGUUGUGUUGCUGGGGACGCCAAAAGAACAAGCAGCUCCAAUGUGUUUAUUAAGCCUAGGAAAGCAACUCCAAGCUCAGUUUCUGUGAAUAAGAGGAAGCUGGUUGACAUUAGUGACUCCACAGAGCAGGACAAAACAUUUGAAACCAAAAAAUGGGCACACAAGACAUCAAAGUCCUGGUUGGAUUUGAAUUUGCCUGUCAAGGAGAUGGAGGAGGAUGAUGGUUAUGGAAACUGUGACAGUGAUGUCAGCUCUGACAAUUCAGAAGGAUGGUUGGAAGAUUUCUUGGACCAACUAGAUGAAAAAGUGGUCUUCAAGCCAUUUGACUUCGAUGCUCUUGCUGAGAAAGUCUUGAAAGAAAUCAGCCUAAGCUUCCAGAAGACGAUCGGAGUUGACAUCCAGCUGGCGAUUGAUCCAGAAGUAAUUGUGCAAAUACUUGCAGCUGCUUGGUUGUCAGACAGGAAGAGAGCAGUGGAGGAUUGGAUCGAACAGGUUCUUUGUAGGGGCUUUGUGGAAGCCCAGCAGAGAUACCAGCUCACUGCUCACUCUGUUCUGAAAUUGGUUACUUGUGAAGGCCUUCUUUUGGAAGAGCAAGCUCCUGGAGUUUGCCUUCCAGCAAGAAUGAUCCUGAAUUAAAUUUUUGCACAGGUAUGCUUGUAAUAUUUGUGUAUAAUGUUGUAGUUAGCAUCUAAAUGCCUGCUUUUUAGCUUGUAAUCCCAGCACUUUACAGGGUGCUUUCCUAUAUGUUUGUGUCGUGUUUAUUGGAGUUAGAUAGUGCAUACCAGUACUCAUAGUUCAUAUAUGAACAACUCUCUAUCACUCUCUCUCUCUCUCUCUACACAC